GUUCCGGGCCCAUCCCGAAGGGCAAAAAAGAAACUAUCGAACAUCGGGAGAUCCUUCUACGGCGGGGUUUAACAUGAGCCGACGGAUUGGCUUCCUUGUUCGCUCCUAAACCAAGGCGAACAUCAGCCGGACAAGCCGAAAGCUUUGCCAACAGGGCUUGCGCCCUUUCCGCAGCUGCAACCCACUAUUUGGAGGAUGGAACGACCUACGAGGAGGAAUCCACUGUGAGGCGCAAGGCGAUUUCCUGACUGUCAUGGGUGUUGUUGGCUCGUAUUAUUGUGUCUUUGUUGCUGUGCCCGUCAAAGAAACCGGCCAUAGCCGUGCAGACAGAAGACAACAUCACCCUUUUCCACAGGGGACAUUGUUCCAGCACUGCCUCAAGUAUCAACAACUGUCCGAUAUAUGAACUGUGAUCAUCCCUUUGGGACCUCCAAGUACCUUUUCCCUCGAUUCUUGACGAUCAUACAUUCCCACACCGACUUUAAUUCCUUCCAUCGGCUACAUUGGUCGCGUGCAAUGGUCUUUCUAUGACAUUUGCGUAUAAUUGCUUGGCCUACCUCCACUUUUUAUCUUCUCCUUAUACCAUCUUUCACAUUUUCACAAUGGACCUUUCAUCCUUAGAAGGCCCGCCUAUCGUCGACACUCGGUUCACCGUCUCACCGCGACGAGCGAAUGUCCCCAGUAUUCGUCUGGACACGUCCACCCCAGUCAGCCCGAUCAGCCCAUUAACACCUCAUGACCUCCCUCCUCGACCAAGCUCGACGGACGCGAUCUUCAGCCCCGUGUCUGAAUCAGAAUACUCAUUCGCGCUGUUCCAGCAAGAGCCGGAAGCCAACCUCAAUCUCUGGCAACGCUGCCACAGCCCACAGCCCCCGGUCACAGCCGACGAGCAUGAGUACCAACAACAACCAAGGCCACAACCAACACUAAACCUACCUCCCCCCCCUCCUUCAUCCUCCUUCUCCCUUCACCCGUGGAGCUCCCGAACUCGAAGCGUUUCAGACCUUACCCCUCACCAAUCGCCCAUCCCCAUGCUGAGCACAACUACCACGACUACGGUCACCACUCAGGCCGUGACGACCACCAUUACCACCGAAGGCAACCGUCUCGUCUGGCUCGAAAAAGAGAAGCUGUGGUUCUUGAAACCUUCCCCAUGCCCUUCACCACACCUCAGCCCCGACUACGCCGUGACCACCAGACCCACCCCUGAUGCUCACUAUGCGCCUUACCGCCCUUCUUCGUUUCACGGCCAAGUCCAUCUUGCUGCUUUAGCCCAGAGAAGAGAUGUACCCCCGCCAUAUGGGCGGCACAUCCUGGAUCGGCCCUUGCCUCCGCUACCCACGGAUGACAGUGAAAAUGAAGGCUCGUGCGGAUCUCGGUGGACGGAGGUGGCGAGGAGGAGGGCCAACCGGGCUGUGUCGAGGUGAGGAUGUUGGUUUAGUGUGUUAGGAAGAGGCGGAGUUGCAGGAAUGGGAUGGAACGGAUAUACUCAGCUGCUGGCCGGCUAUCCUAAUUAAACAUAAUCCUUGAUCGAACUUAGUAGCGUCACCAAUUACCACGCAUAGCCAAGGUGUUUAGGGGGUGCAUGUGUAUUACUAUUAGGUUGUCUGUUUCUUGAUGUCUUUCAUCCUGUACAUUAUCUCAUCUUUCUCUCCUUUAUCUGCUUACUAGGUAGUUCUGCAUCGUUCGAGAUACCCAAUUUGUGAUAGACCA